CCGAGCCCUGCCUGGAUGCUCAGUCAAGGCACUCAGGAAAAAAAAAAUCAGCAAUUUAUAGAAAGAAGAAGCUAUAGUCUGUCGGGAUAUCCAACACCAACAGAUAUUCUGAUGGCAAAUCACACGGAAGGAAAGAGGAAGCAUGAGCACAGAUUGGAUCAGAUCUCUUUGUGGAUUACAUUUUCAGUAAAAUGCAUGGAUCUAGCUUUUCCCUGUUCUUGUAUCUAGAUCAUGAGACUUGACUGAGGCUGUUUUUUUAUCCUCCAUCCAUCUAUGGCGAACUAUAGCCAUGCAGCUGACAACAUUUUGCAAAAUCUUUCGCCUCUAACAGCCUUUCUGAAACUGACUUCCUUGGGUUUCAUAAUAGGAGUCAGCGUGGUGGGCAACCUCCUGAUCUCCAUUUUGCUAGUGAAAGAUAAGACCUUGCACAGAGCUCCCUACUACUUCCUGCUGGAUCUGUGCUGUUCAGACAUCCUCAGAUCUGCAAUUUGUUUUCCAUUUGUAUUCAACUCUGUCAAAAAUGGCUCUACCUGGACUUAUGGGACUCUGACUUGCAAAGUGAUUGCCUUUCUGGGGGUUUUGUCCUGUUUCCACACAGCUUUCAUGCUCUUCUGCAUCAGCGUCACCAGAUACUUAGCUAUCGCCCAUCACCGCUUCUAUACAAAGAGGCUGACCUUUUGGACGUGUUUGGCUGUGAUCUGCAUGGUCUGGACUCUGUCUGUGGCCAUGGCCUUCCCCCCAGUUUUAGACGUGGGCACCUACUCGUUCAUUAGGGAGGAGGAUCAGUGCACCUUCCAACACCGCUCGUUCAGGGCUAACGACUCCCUUGGAUUUAUGCUGCUCCUCGCUCUCAUCCUCCUAGCCACACAGCUUGUCUACCUCAAGCUGAUAUUUUUUGUCCACGAUCGAAGGAAAAUGAAGCCAGUCCAGUUUGUAGCAGCAGUCAGCCAGAACUGGACCUUUCAUGGCCCUGGAGCCAGUGGCCAGGCAGCUGCCAAUUGGCUAGCGGGAUUUGGAAGGGGUCCCACACCACCCACCUUGCUGGGCAUCAGGCAAAAUGCAAAUACCACAGGCAGAAGACGGCUGUUGGUCUUAGAUGAGUUCAAAAUGGAGAAACGAAUCAGCAGAAUGUUCUAUAUAAUGACUUUUCUCUUCCUAACCUUGUGGGGCCCCUACCUGGUGGCCUGCUAUUGGAGAGUUUUUGCAAGAGGGCCUGUAGUACCAGGGGGAUUUCUAACGGCCGCUGUCUGGAUGAGUUUUGCUCAAGCAGGAAUCAAUCCCUUUGUCUGCAUUUUCUCCAACAGGGAGCUGAGGCGCUGUUUCAGCACAACCCUUCUUUACUGCAGAAAAUCCAGGUUACCAAGGGAACCUUACUGUGUUAUAUGAGGGAGCAUCUGUAAAUCUUUAGCCUUGUGAAACACUAACCCUCUCUGCUAAGCAAUUGUGGCCUGUAGCCAUGUCUUGAGAAGAAAAGCAAGGAUGGGAUCAGCAGUUGUAAGGAUUUGGGCAACAUUCUGCAGUCUUUGCAAUAGUUCACCUAUAAUCCUAUUUUCAGUCUCAGAGUGAUCCUGCUGACGGCCGUCGAAGGUUUGUAAUUAAGAAAGGACAGAGAACCACUGCCCUACGUUUCUUUCUGUGGUUGAACACUAGAUAAUGAGAGUAGCAGGUGCUAAGUGUCAGUGCUAAAUGCUGUGUAUAUCAUUACAUAUGAAAAAACUUAAAAAACAAUUAGCAUUGGACAUUUGAAUAAAUUAAGUUGACAUGAGGUAAAUGUGUUGAUAAAAGCUAAUUUUAGAAGUUUGAAGACUUUAAAACAUUUCAUACUAUUUUUGUUUUGCAAAGACUUCACUACUGGGGGACUUAACAGUACUGUAAUCCUCUAAAGAUGUGCCAUGAAUUAUUGGGGUACAACACUUUAAACACGCCUUGUAAGUUUGGGGGAGCAUUCCAAAGCAGUAUAUCAGUUCCAAUUAGAGUUUACCUUUUUGUAUUAAUAUAUUGCUAUUUCUAAAUGCCACUUUCCUUCCUUACCAGUGAAAUUGCUAGCAUUGAACUACUGUAUUAUGUGUUUUCUGUUCAUUCAGUAAAAAAGUUUCCAGUUCGUUUCUAUUUUACAAAUGCUAGAUAUCUGUCUGGGAGGCAACAUGAAUGGUAUCAACUGACCACAGAUGAGCAGUUCUAAUGAUGCAGAAUAAACACGUGUUGCCUUAAAGGGUUAUCUAGUAUCCUUCAUAUUCUUUAGCAGUGGAGAAAAUAGUCAAGAGAAAUUGAAUCAGUGACUGGCCCUGGCUGUUCAUCAGGAAGUGCAUGGAAGAGCAUUGAGUACUUUUCCGUUUUUCCUCACAUGGUUUGGAAAUUAAGGUGCACAUCACUUGGAUAAAGAGCUUUUCUUCUGAGGUGUGCUGCCCAUUCUAGGGUGUUCUAAGAAGCAGACAGUUGCUGUAUGUUUAUAUUGUAAGUCAGCUGUCAAGUGGAACCCACAGCCUUAGGAUGACACCCGGCACAAUUUGUGAAGUGUUUAUUCUGUGGAAGGCACAGUCUUGUUUAUACUUUCUGCACAUUCAGUGUAUUGGUCGUUUAAAUUAUUUCAGUUUUAACUUGUGAAAGCUUAUAAUAUGAUUUCUGGUAUUUUAGAAAUACAUUAGAUUCUGUGAGUCUCAUUCUUUAAGAUACAGAUGUGUGAACUUCAAUAUAAAGUUGCAUUUGCCAAAAUUUA